CUUAUAAAAGGAACUAAACUGAAAGCAAAAGUGCAAGAUCAACGCCUUAAACAAGAUCUAUAUCCCAAAGAGCUAAUUUCAAGUAAAAGAACCAGAAUCUGCCAUGGGAAGGAACAAUCUACGGAAACCAGAAAAGAUAAAAGACAUACUUAUAAAAGCAAUGGAUGAUCUCGUCAGCGUCAACUCACUUUUCACAGUAGCUGUAUUUCUUGGCUUAUCAUUUGCAUCUCCAGAACAACUACACAGCCUUGAAACAAACCGACCCGCAUGUGACCCGAAUGUUAAGAUGGGGAAACAACUUGUCCUAUAUGAAGUCGUGUCGUUUUCCUGUUUCCUGCUUUCAAGUCUAGUAGCCAAAGCCCUAAGAGUCUAUCUAAGCAUUUUUUAUUCCGACACAAAGGCAGCAGACGACGACGACAAUGAUAAACCUGAUAAGCUUAACCUGUUUCAUGCAGGCAGAGCAUUUAUGUUUGCAUUUGCAACGGUAGCAUCCAUCAUUGGCGUUCUGUUUCUGACAAUUUCUAUGGCUAUGGUGGUUGAGAUGAAGAUUGGAAAGCUGUCUUGUGGGAUUCAUGAGACUCACGCUGCAGUUAUUGUAUUAAUAGUUAUGGUGUCUUUUGCUUUGCUAAUUUAUAUACCUUCCCUGUCGGCUGCUCUAGUUUAUUCUAUAGUAGAGUCGUAAAUAUGCACGUCACCUGUAAUUGCUCAAGUGUCUGUAUUAUAUACAGACUUUUUGAUUACUAAACUAUUAGUACUAUUAUCCUAAUGUUUAAGAUGUUAUACUAUUAUUUAAUAUUUUUCUUUUAAAA